AUGCGCUUUUCUAACUGGAUUGAGCUCGCACUCGUUGCGGCUCUCAGUCCAGUCGUUCUGGCGCAGGCCUUGGAUGCCAACAACCACAAAGAAGCCAGCCUAGCGGCCCGCUCUCCUCCCUCGCCUGGCCACGCAGACGAGCAUGAUCAGUCACUAAAAUUGUCGCAUCGAUCUUGGCGCAAAUACUCUCAAUCGGGCAACCUCGAAGCUCGUGAUCUAGAGGACGCCACAUCACAUGUGAUUGCGCGCUCCGAGAAGAAAGACAAAGAGCCCCUAUAUGAAUAUUUUCUUCAGCCUGGAAGAAGCUAUCACGGGUCUGACAUGAGCGACAGCGAUGAGGAACCGCCCAAGAAGCCAAGGGCCAAAUCGACUCAGACCCAACAAAAGAAGCAGCAAAAGCCGGGAUCAACUUGGGGGUUCACGUGGAGGAAGAAAGAUGGUGACAAGCGCAACAAGGCCCGCGGGCUAGAUGAUGGAAGCGCAUGGAACCUUUUACUUGCCGCAACCCGUGAUGCGUUAGCGGGGGGCUGGUCCAGCAAAACAGUGGGCACAUGGAUUCGGCAAUUCCGCAACGCCCGCUACAGUUCUACAGUCUACAGCAAGCAGUGCAAGUUGUGUGGUUGGCUCGAAAGGGUAACAUACUGGCUUAUGAAAUGGGCAGACGUGCCAGUAGAGCGGUCUCCGCAUCGAAAGGAAAGGGGUGUGCCGCACGAAUCUGAGUUCUGCAAGGGAUGCAGGAGAGAUUGGUGCCAGGUGGGCAGACGCCUCAUUACGACUGGACACUUGGUGAUUUCAGGAGCGGUUGCUAGCUUUGACUUGGGGGCAAUGCUUAAGCAUGUGUCUGUUAAACUUGAUGACGAGAUGGCAGUCGAGACACUGCUCGCAUGA